GUUUCAAUCAAACAUGUCUCACUUACGAUCCAAUUUAAACACAUACACGUAGGGAGGAUAUGUUGUUGUCGUUGUUGUUGUUCUGGUAGGACAACAGUUGUCUCUUAAACAUUUACUAUAUAUAAGAUUAUUUUAUUUCUAAUUGACAACUGUGUUACCUAUAUCAAUCAAUCAAUGGUGAUUAAUCAGUUAUGUCAUAACAUUAUCCCUUUCAUAAUAUAUUAUGUGCUCACUCUUUAUACUGUUCAUCAAAAUUUUUCAACUUAAGGAAUAUAUAUUAUAUUUAUUAUUUAUACCAUGGACCAUUGCUCAAUCAUCAAAUUGUUUAUCAGGAUGUAAAUGUUCCAUUAAUAGUAAUGAUGGUAAUGGAUUCAAUACAAUUGCAGUUAUUUGUUGUCUUAUCAAUCAAACUAGAUUAUCCCAAUUAAAUAGUAAUAACUAUCCUUCAGAUAUAAAACAUUGUGGAUAUGAUUUAAUCAAUCAUUAUUAUGAUCCUAUUCAUAAUAUGAUGAUAAUAUGGCCUAAUCAUACUUUAUGUUUACCAUUAUGGCGCCAAUUAAAAAUUCAACUUACUGAAAAUUCUUGGUCAAGUUUAAUAUUAUCCAAACAGACUAAACUACAUAUACAAUCAAAAUGUAUGAUAGAAUUAGAAAGAUUAGCUAUUGUUGGUCAAUUGAAUGUAUAUGAUGGUUUUAUUCAAUUGGAUACUAAUCAAUUUCGUAAUCAUAUUUUCUCCACCAUCACCACCUCCACCUCGACAACUACUCGUACUAUUCCUAAUAAUGGUGUUGCCUUAAAAUUACGUCGUUUUACUAUUGAACAAACUAGUUUACAUACAAUAAGUCAAGGAUUUUUUGAUGAAAUUGGUGCUAAUCAUUUAAUUGAUUUAGAAAUACGUCGUAAUAUAAAUUUAACUGAGCAUGGUUUAGGUAUUGGUUGGUUAGCUAAUAUAAAACACCUUCAAUCAUUAGAUCUUAGUUUAAAUCAUUUAUAUCAAAUUAAUUUAGCUAGUUGGGGUCUACCAAAACAUUAUCCAUCAUUACAUAAUCUUGAUUUAAGCGGUAAUUAUUUAAUUCAUUUAAAAGAUCAAAUAUUUAUACGUUUACCAAAUUUAAUUUAUUUAAAUUUAGCUAAUAAUUAUUUAACUACAUUAUCAUCUAAUGUAUUUCAAGGAUUAUCACAUUUGAAAGUAUUAGAUUUACAAGGUAACCAAUUGAGAAUGUAUAGUUUAAUAGUAACUAUGCCAAAUUUAAAUAUUAUAUUACCUCAUUUAAAACAGUUGAUAUUAUCAAGGAAUCCAUUGGCGGUUAUACCGACAUCAAAUGUAAUAAAUAAUAUAAGUAGUCAAUCAUCAUCAUUGAAAUGGUGGUUUACAAAUUCUUGUCCUAAACUAAUGACUACCCUCUAUUUAGAAAAUAUUGGAUUAGUAAAAUAUAAUAGAAGUCAAUCUAAUUCAUUACAAUUACCUAUAAUUAAUUGGGAGUAUUGUAAUAGUUUAACUGAUAUCUAUUUAACUUAUAAUGAUGAUUGGUUAAAAUGUAUAGAUCAUCAAUGGUUAAAUGGAAUUAAUAAUGGAUCAAAUGUACAUCUUAAAUUUCGUAUUCAUCCAUCAACACUUAAAUUAUGUCCAAAUCAUAAUGUUAUUGUUACUAAGUCGGAUCAAUUAACUGAUGCAAUCAGUAGUACUACUACUACUACCAGUGAUGGUGGUGGUGAUGAUACAUCAUUACUUGGUAUAACACAUGUACGAACUACAUCAAUAUCAAUUCAAUCUGUUUAUUGGCCUGUUUCCAAUCAAGAUAAUGUACACGCUCAGAAUAUACAUAAUCCGAAUCAAAAGAAUACUAUAAUUGGUAGUAAUAUAAAUUCCCCUUCAAUUAAUUCAUGGAUAAUUCUUUGCAUAAUAGUCUUUCUUAUAUUUGUAGUCUUUUUUACAAUUGUAUUUGCAAUCAUGUAUUGUAUUCGUUAUUUAAAUAAACGUUUAAAUAAACAAAUAUCUUAUACAUCUGAUAUGAUGAUUAAUGGAUUACAUCACCAUGAACAACAACAAUUUCAAAAAGCUCAUCUAACACCGGAUUUUAGUACUUAUAAACCUGCUAUCAAUAUGGAUACUUCUUCACGAAUACUAUCUCCCUAUUCAUUUAAUUGUAUGGAAUUGAAUAAAGCGAAUCAAUUAUUUCAUUAUACAGAUUUUCAUCCAAUGUGUAAUUCGUGUUUUAGUUUUAAACGUCAUGCUGUUACACAACCUGUUAGUCCUGCUGACAGUGGUCUUGAAGAUAGUACACCAUUAACAUUACAACAAACAAGACAUAUUUUUCCAUCAAUUGAUCGACGAUCAAUACGUUCAUCACGACGUUCACAUCAUCAUCAUAAUCAUCGUCCAUUUCUUGAUACAAAAUUUACAAGAUGUCCAUCAACAUCUGUAUCAUCAUCAUUAUUAUUAUUACAACAUUCACCAAAUCAUCAUAUACCAGAAAUGUCAUAUGGUUGGCCAAUAUCAAUGAAUUUAUCAUCAAAUCGUGUAAAUGCUGCUACUUCAACAGAUGAUGUUUCUAUUGGACCAGCAUCAACAUCUGUAGAUACUGGAGAGGAUGCAUGUAGUAGUACACCUAGCGAUAAAGCGAUAAUUGUGAAUUUAUGUCAAGAAUCCAUGCAGCAAAACACUACUACUGCUACUAUUACUACUAAUAAUAAUAGUAAUGAUAAUAAUAAUAAUAGUAAUAAUAAUAACGACUAAUGAACUCUCGAUUUCUAUCACAUUCAUCAUUGUACAUGUGUGUGUGUGUAUGUGCUGACUGUAAAUACUAUUUUUAAGGGAAUCAACUGCAAGUCGUGUGUUUAUCACUUUUUCGCGGAGGUCAUUAUGUCAAUCAUUUUUUCUUUCAUUCAGCUAAAAACCAAAGUUUUUAAAGACAAAUAUAUUCUAUAUACUUAUACUACUACUAUUAUUAUUUAAGCAAGAUAAGAACUACACUGCUGUUAGUACUACUCCUUAUCAGACUAGUACUUUCCUUGUUUUGUUUCUUCUAGAAUAUAAAGAUGAUUCUUUCUUCUUUUUUUUUUCUAUAAAUAAACCUAAUUUCACUUGUU